CUUCCCGCCGAGGCAGCGUGUGCACCAGCGCUGCUAUCUCCGCGUACGUCGAGAUAGAGCUCAGCACGCUCGCUCUGGUCUGCCUCGCCGUCCGCCAGCGUCUGCAUUAUUCGUGGGCGUGUAUUCUGUCCCAGCAAGCUAUCGGACCUUCCUGCCUCCACCCUAGCUCGAGCAGCUGACCCGUCUCGACAUCACCACGCCGCGUGCUGAGCUCGCCCUCCACCCUCCUUCUCGCCCCAAGAUCCGCACGGCGUUCGGCGUUCCGGGUCUCACUCGUCUGGUUCAGGCAGAGCGCCAGGAGCCUAGCUCUUUUAUCGUUCAUUGGGAUUAUUGUCCACGUGGGAGAAGACUCAGUUGAGACGGAGAACGAGCAGGACACACAUCGGGAACCAUGGCGACACCAACACAGCAGCAGCCGUACGGCGGGAACCCGUAUCCCACACCGGCCUCCAGCACCGGCGGAGGAGCUUCCGCACAGCAACAGCCUCCCUACCAGCCUGAGAGCAGAGCUUCCCAGUCCGCUCCGGCCCCAUAUCAACAGCAGCCGCCGCAACAGCAGCAGCAGCAGCCACCCGCGCAAACGCCCUUUGAGAAAUACUGCGUCAUCCACAUCGCCACCACGUGUGACGAGCAUGGAGUAUAUGUCACCAAGGACAGUGCCGAGGUCAUUGAAAUUGGCUGGGUGGUAGUUGAUGCUCAGAAUCCCGAGCGCGAGUUGCACCGCCAGUCCGUGCUCGUUCGCCCUGUCAACACUCCUAUUACUCCUCUAUGUACUUCUCUGACGACCCUCACCUGGGAGCAUGUGAAGAACGCUGGCACUUUCCGCGACGCCAUCACCACCUUCGAUCAAUUCGCCCAGGAGCAUCUUGUGCCGAAGGACGCCGGCCCUAGUGCCGCACCAACAUUCGCCUUCGUUACCCUUACCCCAUGGGAUUUGCGUGUUCAGCUUCCGCGUGAGGCACGCGACAAGAACGUCGUCUUGCCCGCUUACCUACAACAUCCAGUGCUCUUCGGCCUGCGUCAAGAGUACCAGACAUUCCAAUCACACCAUCCUGAAACACUUGCAUUCAGCUCCUCCAGCCUAUCGAGCAUUUGCGCUGGUCUUGAAGUGGAAGAGGUCAGGUCCUCGGGCAAAGUCACCGGAGGUCUACCAUUCCACCUGCAAGCGCUCGCUCCAUCAUCUCCUCGCCGUGCACUAGAAGAAUCUCUGACGCUCACUCGCUGUCUCAACUCCUUGCUCAAGAAGUCUCGACCCUCCGCUACGAACCCACAAGGAAACCCAGAUAUCCUGUCAAGACCGCUCGACGCACGAAGCGACGUCCGCGCUUUCCUGGGCGAAAGGAGCAAAGUACUGCACCUGAGCGGUCUGCCUCACGACACAACACAAAGUGAGCUCGAAAGUUGGUUCACACAGUACGGCGGUCGUCCAAUUGCCUUUUGGACCCUGCGAACCCCGGAAGGCGGCAAGCCCAGCGGAAGCGGUUUCGUUGUUUUUGGCAGUCACGAAGAGGCGGCCGAAAGUCUCAGCAUGAACGGACGCGCGCUUAACGAUCGCGCGAUCGAGGUCGCACCCUCAUCAAGCAGAGUGCUGGACCGCGCUGCGCAUUCACAGCCUCCUGGAGGACCUCCACUUCUUACUCCAUUUCCACCUUCCAAGAACCGUCCGCGCCCGGGCGAUUGGACCUGCCCAAGCUGCGGUUUCUCCAACUUUCAACGUCGCACGGCAUGCUUCCGUUGCUCGUUCCCGGCUAUGGGUGCCGGAGGUCCGGAUCCAUAUAGUCAACCCUACGGUAUGCAAACCCCCUUUGGCGGAGCACAGUACGGUCAUCCAGGUAUGAUGGGCGGCGGUCACAUGCACGGCGGUGGCUUUGGCGGCAUGGGUGGCAUGGGCGGUUCAAGCGGUCGUGGUGGAAUAGUUCCUUUCCGUGCUGGUGAUUGGAAGUGUGGCAACGAAGGAUGUGGCUAUCACAACUUUGCCAAGAACGUUUCGUGCUUGAGAUGCGGCGCUUCUCGAACACAGGCAGCUGUCGUUGCUGAGAGUGGCAUGACCAGCUUCCCAGGACAAUCUUACGGCGGUCCUCCACAGGUUCCAAUGCAGCCACCAACUGGUAGCUACGGCGGAGGAAGCCAACAAUCUUUCGAUGGUAGCGCAUAUGGUGCGAUGCAAGGUCCACCCGGCGGCUUCGGUGGCCAGUCUUUCGGACCACCUUCGUCUUACAACAUGCCUUCCGGCAUCGCUGCACCUAGCCCAUACAUGGCUGGCGGCUACGGGCAGAUGGCAAGCAACGGCGGCAUGCAGUCUCAGGGUGGAGGCUUCGACAGCCGAGCCGAGCAAGCCUUCAACCAGGGAAACACUAGCUCGCAGGCUGGCGCCGGUGCCUACUCCAACGGUGCGUACGGACAGCCCGGAGGAUAUGGCAACGACGGUGCUGCGGAUCCUUUCUCUUUUCUUUCGACUGGCAUGGGACAGCUCGGCAUCAACGAGGGCGACAACCGUCGCAAUGGUGCGAGUGGGGCAAAGUCACCCCAGUAAACAACACUUGAGCAGGUUCGGGACGGGAUGGAUUGGUGGGCAGGUGUCGGUUUAGAGGAAGAGGACAUACCAGAUUGUAUCAAAUUCACAUCGAUGACAUAUGGGAUUCGGCUGCAAAAGGGCUCGUUAGCGUCGGCGCUGGGAAGAGGUUGACGGUGAGGGUAUUAGCGAGGCGUCCGUGGCCAUAAGGACUUAUCGACAAAAAAGGAUCAUCGUCAAAGCAAGUAUGGCUGCAUGGGUUGCAACAACAAGACAAGAUGUUGGGCUUCAGAAGCAUAUUUCGGAUCCGGGCUGGCUAGGGGGCGGUGGGAGGAGUUUUUUCCUUACAAUGACAACAGCAACAACACAGCACUUUCACCCUUCUUCUAUGACCUUUGCCUUUGCUUCCGGGCCGGGUCAAACUGCUUGAAUUGUUGUGUCAACAAGAUGGGAAAAGAGACGCUUGUUGCUGAUACUGCUACCACUGCUGAUUUCUUGCUUUUCGGAGAGGGGAUGAGAUGAUGAUUCAUACACAGAAUGAGAUGUACUGUUUGUGUGGUGCGAUUGCAACGGCCGAUUAGAACAAGAGUGAAAGCAAGCAGAAGUCGAAGAUCGAGAGCUAGCAUGUAAUUUGGUGGAAUUGAAAAGGAGGGUAAAUCGUGUGGUUUUCUCAUUCUCAUACUAUCUUGGCUGAUGGCGGGAUUUUGGCUCGUCAUCAGUUGUGGCUGGGUUGUGUUUUUCUUUUACCUGAAUAACUCUACCCGUAUUAACUAUUUCGAACACAACUUGGGUCGAAGCAAUGCCUUGUCUCCAGUCUGUUGCCUUUGAGGAGGAUGGAGUAGAGGUGUCCCGUCU